UAUGUGUACUUUACUGUUGUAUUCUAUACAGUAUAGCUUUUUUUUAAAACUUGCCAACCAAUCCAACCAUUGGAUACUCAAAUUAAAAUCAAUUUAAAGAAACAAUUAUACUAACUUAUAUGUCAUAUUAUGAGAUAUGACUAAGCUUAGAUUAUGAUCAUUCAAAACUCGACACCUUCCUGCAUGUCGAUCUCUCCCUUCCUUGACCUUUUUCAUCAUACUCAAUCAAACUCUUCCAACUUCUUCUCAACUCUUGAACCUUUCUUUUUCGUUUUCACUUUCAUGGUAAAUCUUCUCACCAUGUAACAUAACUUGGAAUCCCAUCUCUACUUAUUUAUAGCAAAAAUUUCCAUUUCUGGUUUGUUGCUUUAAUCUUUGAUGGAUUCAUCUGCCUCUAUAAUUUUCAUGCUUCUUUGCUGUUAACUCUUUUACUUUUUAAGUUCAUAUAUCUUCCUACUCUGUUAUUUCUUUUGCUAACUCUAGUACCCUUUUCCUUUUUUGCUUAGUUUCAUAGUGUUCUUGAAUCUUGAUUGAUCCAAGUGAGUUUUCCACUUUACGUUAGAAGCUGGGUCAAAGAUCAAAUCUCUUUGUUGCAGCCUCAUUUUCUGAAAUCAAGUUCAAUCUCUUCUUUUGAAUCUGCCUGUUGGCCGGUACUUCACCUCGUACAAUUUCUUUAAUCAUAUUUGAGUCUUUUAACUUUAAUUUUCCAAUUCAGAAACUGGGUUGUCCUUUUUUGAGCUUCAGUUUCUGAUACCAGUUUAGAGCUCUUCUGCUAAAUCUGCAUUUCGUUUCAUAUCCAAAACUAAAAAAGAAGCCAAUUUCCCUUUCAUCCGUUAGUUUCAUUUUCCUAUUUGGAAAACUGGGUAAUAUUUUUUUAAGCUUUAGCCUUUAAAAUUAGCUUCAAACUCAACAAAAGAACAAGAAAAAAGAAAAAGGGAAAGAAACCCAUUUUCUCUUUCUUUUCUUUCACCCCAACAACAAAUUGUGUUUUUGGGAAAAAGGAGGUUCAUGGGGUUUGUAAAAGCAGUUGAUUUUCUAGGUGGGUUUCUCAUCGUGUCUUUGUUAGUGAACUCGGUGGUGGGAAUCGGAGUCAAUUGGGGCACUCAGGCAACUCACCGUUUGCCUCCUGCAACAGUGGUGAAGUUACUGAAGGAUAAUGAGAUCGAAAAGGCUAAGCUCUUUGAUGCAGAUUCAACAAUAUUGAAUGCUUUAAGAAAUUCUGGGAUUCAAGUCAUGGUGGGUAUUCCAAACGACAUGCUUGGUAGCAUGGCUAGUACUGUCAAAACAGCUGAGAAUUGGGUAGCUAAAAAUGUCUCCAGUCACGUCUCAAACGGUGUGGACAUUAGGUAUGUUGCAGUAGGGAAUGAACCAUUCUUAUCAACCUACAAUGGAAGCUUCCUUCAAACAACUUUUCCUGCUCUUCAAAACGUUCAAUCGGCCCUUAUAAAAGCUGGUUUGAGCAGCCAAGUUAAAGUCACUAUCCCUCUAAACGCUGAUGUAUAUGGCAGCUCGAGCAACAAACCUUCCGACGGAGACUUCCGAACAGACAUAAAAGAUCUCAUGGUAGAAAUUGUCAAGUUCUUAAGCGACAAUGGAGGUUCCUUUACUGUAAACAUCUAUCCCUUUAUCAGCCUUCACAAUGAUCCCAAUUUCCCUAUUGAUUUUGCCUUCUUCGAUGGCUAUUCAGCUGCCAUAAACGACAACGGAAACAUCUACCAGAAUGUCUUGGAUGCAAACCACGAUACCCUGGUAUGGGCUCUGCAGAAAAAUGGAUUUGGAAACUUGUCCAUAAUCAUCGGCGAGAUUGGCUGGCCUACUGAUGGCGACAAAAGUGCGACUGUGCAACUUGCUCAGCGGUUCAACCAAGGGUUCAUGUCUAGGUACAAUGCUGGGACAGGAACCCCAAUGAGAUCUGGACCCAUGGAUGUCUACUUGUUUAGUUUCAUCGAUGAAGACCACAAGAGCAUUCAGCCAGGUAACUUUGAACGCCAUUGGGGUAUAUUUUACUUCGACGGAUCACCCAAGUACCAGCUCAAGUUAGGGUCCAAUUCGAACGGCUUAGUAGCAGCAAGCAAUGUGCGUUAUCUGGCUAGAAAAUGGUGUGUUUUGUCUUCAUCAGCUAACUUGCAGGAUUCACAAUUGGCACCGAGUGUGAGCUAUGCUUGUGAAAAUGGUGAUUGUACCAGUCUUGGAUAUGGUGCUUCUUGUGGAAACUUGGAUGCUCAGGGAAACAUUUCUUAUGCAUUUAACAGUUACUAUCAGAUAUACAACCAGCUAGAUAGUGCCUGUAGAUUCCCAAAUCUUUCUGUCAUCACAGACCAAGACCCAUCCGUUGGAGACUGCAAAUUUAGGAUUAUGAUCCGAGCAGAAUCGCCAGCUAAUGAGGGAGCAGGACAAGGAGCUGGAGCUGGAGCUGGCCAUCUUAAAAAGCCCCAUGGUUUGAUGAUGAUGAUGUUGUUUGUGACUAUGAUGUUUUUGUGACUUUUGAGCUUGUAUUAUUAUUAUUACUAGUUUUUUUUUCUUUUCCGGUUGAUGUUUAUAGAGAAUUAAGUUUGAGUACUUCAUAAAGCAGUUAAUACUACUAGUAGUUUGGAAAGUCUGGACUUUCAAAUGUUGUAGCUAUGUUUAUAUUGAACAACAAAUUGAUCAGCAUGUUAACAUUUAUGCUAUUCAAUUUGUUUAAACUCACAUUAGGUUCAAAUUCUAGAAACUUCAAAAUAUGUUUGUAUCUUUCCUUAUAUUUCUCUUUAUUUAUACAAUAUCGCUUAAACAUUUUGCUAUCA